AUGCCCGUUUUACUUAACAGCACAUCACUACCAUCUUUGACCUUCUUUCUGACUGGUGUUCCUGGAUUAGAAUCUGUUCAUACCUGGAUCUCUAUCCCUUUUUGCUGUCUAUACAUAACAGCCCUCUCUGGAAACGGUAUGAUCUUGUUUGUCAUCAUCACUGAACCAAGCCUGCAUGAGCCCAUGUACUAUUUCCUCUCUAUGCUCUCCACCACUGACCUAGGUUUAUGCAUGUCCACACUCGUGACUAUGCUGCGAAUAUUCUGGUUCAAUGCCAGAGAAAUCAGUUUUAAUGCUUGCCUAGCUCAGAUGUUCUUUAUUCAUUUAUUCACUAUCAUGGAAUCUUCAGUACUCUUAGCUAUGGCCUUUGAUCGAUUUGUGGCCAUCUCCAACCCCUUGAGAUAUGCGACUAUCCUCACAAACUCCAGAAUCACCCAAAUUGGAAUUGCAAUUGUCACAGUUGCAACAGUAAUCUUAAUACCCCUUAUCCUGCUACUUAGACGCCUCUCUUUCUGUCACAGUCAUGUGCUUCGUCAUUCUUAUUGCUUCCAUCCUGAUGUGAUGAAACUCUCCUGUUCAGACACCAAGAUCAAUAGUGCAUUUGGGUUGACUGUAACAAUCUUAAUUGGUGGGGUGGAUUCCACAUUAAUCCUACUCUCCUAUAUACUGAUCAUCCGCUUAAUCCUCAACAUUGCAUCCCCAGAGGAACGCAAGAAAGCCUUCAGCACCUGCAUCUCCCACAUCACUGCUGUUUCUAUUUUCUAUAUUCCAUUGGUCAGCCUGUCCUUUGUCCACAGAUUUGGGAAACAAGCUCCUCCCUACUUGCCUACACUUAUUGCCAAUAUGAGUCUACUCAUUCCCCCAGUGAUGAACCCAAUAAUUUAUAGUGUAAAGACUAAAGAGAUACGUAAAGCUUUGCUCAAAGUUCUUUGUCCUAAGGCAGUCCGAAUCUAA